GGUGGGAGGGCAGAGCCGGGGAGAUGUGAAUUCAGGAGUCACGCUGGGAACCGAGUCGUUGAGACACACUGCAGGGAGGAAAAGCCUUGGUCACUGUUUGAAUCCGGCUCCUUCGCUGCUGUGUGGAUGUUUGGUGCUCCUUUGUGGAGGUAGAAUUCCUGGGAACAGCCUCCACCACAGGCUUCUCCCCCGCAGUCCGCCCGCCUGAUGUGAGCCCCCACCUCCCCUCCUUCCCCGUGGAUGGCACUCCCAGGGCUGGGAGCUGAUCCGGGAGGAUCCUUGCCUGUUCAGACACUGUUUGUUGCUCCUACAGCUGAUCCCUGCCUCCUCUGGGACUCUCCUGGGGAGCUUUAGGUGCAGCUCUGAGUGAGCAGGAUUUGGUUCUCAGGUUUCAGCCGUGCUCUCCUUCCUCCUAAAGGCGUGUUCAAACCUCCCCUGGCUGCUCGCAUCAUGCUGCUGCGGCCACGCUGAGGCCAAGAGGCAGCGCUAGGAGGAGGGGGUGACAACGUUUGUUGAAUGAACUGAUAGAAGUGGGAAGAACCAGGAGUUUUGUUGCCGACUGCUGCCAGUCCAUGUGGGACAUGACCAACCUGGAGGAAGGGGUGGAGUUCCUCCCUGCCAUGAACUCCAAGAAGAUGGAGAAGCGCGGCCCGAAGCGGCGGGUGGUCGUCACCGUCACCAUCGUCGUGUUCCUGCUCAUCUCCCUCGCCACAGGCCUCCUGGUUUGGCACUUCAAAUACAGGAAUGCCCUUGUCCAGAAGGUUUUCAACGGCCACUUGCGGAUUUUGAACUGGGACUUCCUUGAUGCUUAUGAGAACUCCAGCUCACCAGAGUUCCUCAUGCUGGCCAAGAAGGUGAAGAGCACGGUGGAGGAGAUCUACCAGAAUCAUGCAGAUAUUGGCCCUUACCACAAAGAGACAGUGAUAACUGCCUUCAGUGAGGGCAGUGUCAUUGCCUACUACUGGUCGGAGUUCCUUGUCCCCAAGUACCGGGAGCAGAGCCUGGACAGGGCAAUGUCAGACCAGCAGAGCCUGGUGCAGAGGUGGAACCCCCGCCUGCGCAACCCCCUGCUGAAGGUGGAGUCGGUCAUCGCUUUCCCUGCUGACCCCAGCAUCGCUUACUCCACCCGGGACUAUAGCUGCAUGUUUGCCCUCCAUGCCAAGGAAGGGGAGGUCACCAGCUUCACCACACCAGGCUUCCCCAACAGCCCCUACCCCAACAACGCACUCUGCUACUGGACACUGAGGGCAGAUGCCAACUCCAUCAUCAGCCUGACCUUCAAGACGCUGGAGCUGGAGCAGUGCAGAGAUGACAGUGACUACAUCAAGGUGUACAACUCCCUGAGCCCCGUGGAGCCCCACGCUCUGGUCAGGCUCUGUGGCAAUUAUGCUCCUUCCUACAACCUGACCUUCCUGUCCUCCCAGAAUGUCAUGCUGGUCACCUUGGUUACCAACAAGGAGGGGAGAUUCCCAGGCUUUAAGGCUGAGUUCUUCCAGCUCCCAAAGGUGACAGUCUGUGGUGGGACCCUGAAAGGAGAGAGCGGCACCUUCACCACUCCCUUCUACCCAGCACACUACCCGCCACUCAUGGACUGUGUCUGGAACAUUGAGGUUCCCUCUAAGAAGAACGUGAAGGUGCGUUUCAACAUGUUCUUUGUGCUGGAGCCUGGGAUCCCAGUCAGCUCCUGCACCAAGGACUAUGUGCAGAUCAACAGCACCAGAUACUGUGGGGAGCGUUCCCAGUUUGUGGUGGCCAGUUCUACCAACAAAAUGGAGGUCAGGUUCUUCUCAGACCAGUCCUACACAGACACUGGCUUCUCUGCCGAGUACCUCUCCUAUGACUCCAGCGAUCCCUGCCCUGGCAAGUUCACCUGCAACACCGGCCGCUGCAUCGACAGCAGCAUGCGCUGCGACGGGUGGCUGGACUGCGUGGACGGCAGCGACGAGAGGUCCUGCACCUGCACUGACCAGCAGUUCCAGUGCCAGAACGGCUGGUGCAAGCCCAAGUUCUGGGUCUGCGACAAUGUGAACGACUGUGGGGACAACAGUGACGAGCUGCAGUGCAGCUGUGCAGCUGACAGCUUCAAGUGCAACAACGGGAAGUGCAUCCCCAGCGCCCAGCAGUGCGACGGCAAGGACAGCUGCGGGGACGGGAGCGACGAGGGCAGCUGCGGCAGCGCAGCGCACGCGGCAGUGCCCUGCACGGAGCACACCUACAAGUGCCGCGACGGGCACUGCGUCAGCAAGCAGAACCCGGAGUGCGAUGGGGAGCGGGACUGCGAGGACAACUCGGACGAGGACAACUGCAACUGCGGGAUCCGUUCCUACGUCAGGAAGUCGCGGAUCGUCGGCGGGCAGAACUCGGACGUGGGGGAAUGGCCCUGGCAGGUCAGCCUGCACGUCAAGGGCCAGGGCCACAUCUGCGGGGCCUCGCUGAUCUCCGAGAGCUGGCUGGUGUCAGCGGCACACUGCUUCCUGCAGCUCCAGGGCAUCAGGUACGCAGACCCCAGCCUGUGGACAGCCUACCUGGGCCUGACCGACCAGGGCCAGCGCGACGGCCCCAACGUGCAGGCGCGCAAGAUCAAGCGCAUCAUCUCCCACCCCUACUUCAACGACUACACCUACGACUACGACAUCGCCGUCAUGGAGCUGCAGGCCCCUGUCACCUUCUCCUCUGUUGUCCAGCCCAUCUGCCUGCCUGACACCACCCACAGCUUCCCCGUGGGCAAGGACCUGUGGGUGACCGGGUGGGGAGCGACCAUGGAAGGAGGCAGUGGAGCCUCCAUCCUGCAGAAGGCAGAAAUCCGGCUCAUCAACCAGACAAUCUGUAACCAGCUGCUGACAGACCAGCUGACCCCGCGGAUGAUGUGCGUGGGGAUCCUGACCGGCGGCGUGGACGCCUGCCAGGGAGACUCGGGGGGCCCCCUGGUCAGCGUGGAGCCCAGCGGGAGGAUGUUCCUGGCCGGGGUGGUGAGCUGGGGCGACGGCUGCGCCCAGAGGAACAAGCCCGGGGUCUACAGCCGCCUCACCAGCCUGCGGCCCUGGGUCAGGCAGCAGACAGGCCUGUAGGGACAGGCUGCUCCCUGGCUGGACAUGGACACCUCUGGUGAAGUGCUGGGAGACACCUGGGAAUCGGCAUUUCCUCCCGGCAGCCUCGACUGUGAACUUGAACCCUCCCUCUACCUCACUGCAAGCCCGGGACGCCGAGGGGAGCAGCCAGAGCCCACGGCCAAGGGGAGCUCCUCGUGCUCCCACUUUAGAAUCCAGGGUUCUCGUUGGGUGAGUUUGUGCCAACAACUUGAAUGAGCAGUCAUUCCAGGUAGAUAGAAAACUCAACUUGGAAAAAAACAAACAAACAAUUAAAAGAGAUUAAAAACAAGCCAAAAGACAAACACCGUGUGUUUCAGGGCAAACUUCCCCGGGGCUGGGUUCAAAAAGAAAACACUUUUUAGGAGCAGUCCCAUCUCUGGUUUCAAACAACCAUCCACAGUCCUUGCUCUGGUGUUCACUGAUGGGGGAAAGGUCUUACCUUGUGCUGGGGGGAUUCCCUGUGGGAUCCCUCCCUUGCUGUCCCACACUGCGGUCUCUGUCCCACUGGGCUCCUGGUCACACCGAGUCCAGGGCUGUGGGGCUAAAAGAGAACCAUCCUGUCACUCCCCCUGAGGGACACAGAGCGUUGAGUGUCCCCCUCAGAGCCCCGGGCCAGUUGGCAGCACCACAACAUGCCUUAGCACCCCUGGGGUGCAGCUGCUGCUCCCACCCCUGCUGCCCUCAGCCUUGUGCCCUGCUCCCUGUGACAAGCAGAAGGGUGGCACUGAGCAUUCCUGGAGCUUGUCCCCUGUAAAGGCACCACACAACAGCUGUGCUGGACACCACUCCUGGCCCCUUCUUGCUUUUGUAGAGAAAAACACAACAAUGUGACCUGUGAAUGUGUUGAUUUUGUUUUUCCCCCUGUGUAUCCUGACCCUUGCCCUAGAAGAGCACACUCCAGUUGAGCUUGGUUGCCUUCCCCUUGCCUGUAAAUAAAUGGUUUUGUAAGACUCUAUGUGAAUUGGAGACACUCCAAUAAACUGGAAUAUUUUCUAAUA